UUUACACGCAAAACUCCUCCUCCCCAAUUAUACAGAAAGAAGGGAGGGGGGCUUAAAAAAUAAGAAAACAGCUACGUUUCAGCCAUUCCGAGCACGGCGACCUUCCCUUACACGCUGGCGUUUAUUUAUGUGUAUAUUCAGGAUGCUAAUUUAUGAUUUGUUUGAUUUUUCUUAUUAGAAGUAAAAUAUGAAAAAGCUGGACUCGCGACACAGCCGACAGAUUGGAGCUGCAAUCUGUGUCGUGUUCUUCUUAAUACAGUGACAAAUUGUCAGAAAAAAACUGACAGAAACAAAGACACGCUCCUGCCAAGUGCAUCAUUCAUUGUUGUUUUUCUACUGUUACUUUGGGAAUAUUUUGGCACAGUUUGUCAUUGUUUGUUGCCUUGAUGAAUUUCUGCUUUUUGGGGGCUGACGGUUCAGGAGAACCAGCGUAACAUCCAUCCAUCAGCCGCCGAGAUGCUUUUCCACGGCCUUCCCGGAGGUGAAGUGCAUGGUGUCUGUGAGAUGGAGCGGAGAGGAAAGAAUGAAUCUAGCGCGGUCAGCUCGGCCAUAGACAUGGGAGAAACCGACAGGAAUAUGAGCCCGGUGGACGGCGAGCGAGCAGCUCUCUGCGCCGGCUGCCGGGGGACAAUCUCCGAGCGCUAUUAUCUGCUUGCCGUGGACCGACAGUGGCAUAUGAGCUGCCUGACGUGCUGCGAGUGUAAGCUGAAGCUGGAAUCCGAGCUCACCUGCUUCAGCAAGGACGGCAGUAUCUACUGCAAAGAGGACUAUUACAGGAGAUUCUCGGUGCAGCGCUGUGCGAGAUGCCAUCUUGGGAUUUCCGCCUCGGAGAUGGUGAUGAAAGCUAGAGACCUGGUUUAUCACCUGAACUGUUUCACCUGCACAACCUGCAGUACAAUGCUGACGACCGGCGACCACUUCGGCAUGAAAGACGGCUUGGUGUACUGCCGCCUCCACUUUGAGGCGCUCGUACGCGGGGAAUACCAGGAACCUUUUGAUCAAGUGGACGUGAUCUCCGGUAAAACCGGCCCAAUGCCCUCGGGGGUCCCGUAUUAUAACGGGACCGUACAGAAAGGACGCCCGCGGAAAAGGAGAAUCCCCCCAACAAGUGGUGACCUGGCCAAGUACAGCGCAGCACUGAGCUGCAAUGAGAAUGAGUGCGAUCCCCUUGACAGCGACGGCCACUACGGAACGUGCCAGAAGUCCAAGCGAAUGCGGACGUCUUUUAAGCAUCACCAACUGCGUACCAUGAAGUCCUAUUUCUCCAUGAACCAUAAUCCCGACGCCAAGGACCUGAAGCAGCUGGCACAGAAGACAGGCCUGAGCAAGCGUGUGCUGCAGGUCUGGUUCCAGAAUGCCCGCGCUAAAUUCCGGAGGAACCUUCUCCGGCAGGAGAACGGCAUAACGGAGGUGGCUUCAGAGGGGUCCAUGCUGCCAGGCGGGUCGCCCGCGGGGGUCGCCUCUGAGAUCUCCAACUCUUCCAUGAGCCCCGUGAGCACAGCCUCCACCUUGACAGACCUGACUGCCAGCACCCCCAUGCUGAGCGACGGCUUGGACCUCCACCCAGCCAGGAGUCCCACCCGGACCGGCCUCACAAGCCUAUUCUGACGUCACGUUGAGCCUCCUGGUGCAUCCAUAUUUACAGAAAAAUGCCUUAAACAGGUCCCUGGAAGCUGGAUAGGGGGAUUCUGAAACUUAGAAAAGGGCAGUAUUUUGUUCUUUUUGAGAAAAGAGUAGACUUUAUUGUUUUUGUUUUAAUUUUCAGCAUGUUUACAGUGGAAAGACAGAACCGUGUGAUAUCGAAGCAGCUUUUUGUUCGGACCACAGUCUUGGCAUAGGGUGGUUCAAGCUCAGCGUGUCAUGUAUUCAACGAAACCGUCCUUAUUGCCAGAAACUCCUCUGGAGUGUCAUGUGACUGUUAUGUGCCUUUAUACGCGCCUGCCAUGGAGUCCUUCCAUGCUCUGUCCCUUUAGAGACAGUGACACUCUUGAAUGUUCACACUCAGAUUUGCGCUGAUGUCUGCACCUAAACUGUUGGGGGGGGGGUCUCAGGUCUGUCUGACCAUUCCCUGUGUUUAUUUCACAUGGCUGCUGUAGUGUGCUGUGGACUGUGGAUGCUGUCCUGUCCUUCCUUGUGUCCCCAAAACCAAUUCAAAACUGAAAUGGCUCUCGUUGGCAUCCGAGUCUCCCUCGGCAGUCAGGAUGGUCUUCAGAGGGUCAGUAACAGCAUCCCCCGCUGAUCCAGCCACAGCUCAACACCCCCACCAUGUCUAAAGCUGCUGCUGCAGAAUCAAAAUUCACAUUCCUUUUCUUGGCCAAGCACAGUUUCAUGUACAACGAGUUUGUCUUGGCAGUAUUGAUACAUUCAGAGAGAGCAUAAAAUAAUGUGUACAAGUUCCCAGAUAAAUGUGGAAGUUCAAAUACGGCCUAGAUCCAAGUUCUGAAAUAAAUAAUGCUGUGCAUUCAGUACAGCUGUGCAUGUUUAUGUGCAAAAGAGUGAACCACUUCGCCUUACACCCUCACGCCAAACUGGGGUCAGCAUGCAUUUCCACAAGCACGCGGGUUUCCUGAGGGACACUGAGCCAGACCCAGGAUGCUCCAAGCCAGCUGCUAGCUCACACCCCUGCGCUCCUGCGGACCAGCACUAUCAGCAGGGGGCAGUGUUGGGUCCCAGUCAGCAGGUCCGCUCUCAAACUGGGUGAGCAUGUCGAUGUCCUCAAAAAAUGAAGCCGCCAGGAUGGAGCUGCAGGAUUCUGUGGAAUCAGGAAAGAUCAUUCGGCUGAUUCCUCCUUCAUGUCGUUGUUCAGGGAAAAGCUACGUAAAGGACUAAAUAAUAAUAAUGAGGUUUUUAAUCAUGAGGAGCAUUGGUAAAGCGCUUUGAGACAAUGUUGUGAACAAUACUGUUGUAAAAAUGCGCUAUACAAAUAAAAUUGAAUUGAACUGAA